AUGGCAGGAGUACAGCGCACACCACCGAGUACGUUGAGACCUAAGAUUGGUAGUAUUUGCCAGGCGGAAUCACAAUCUGAACCCGAUAUCUCCGCAGCCAUAAGAGUAAGCGACUCUGUUAAAGUUAAUAGAACUAAACGUGCCCGCAAGGAUAACUCGCCGCAGAGUGUUUCAGUUGAAACAAGCUCGUUUGACCUGCAUGAUACUCUUAUUAAUUGGAAGAAGGAGCAGGAUAGUGGUAUUGCUAAACAAUUGGCCGAACAAACAGCCUUAAUAUCUAAGCUAUCCUUGGAUAUAGGAGACAUCAAAACCCAAAACAACCAAAUUAAAGCAUCCAAUGCAGAAAUCAGCGAUUAA